CCCAAUUCCACCUAUACCCAAAAUGACCAGUUCCUCCACCCCAGACGAGGUCCCUCCCCGGACCUCCAGCCCAGCCGCCGCCCCUGACUCAGAGCCAGAGCCAGAGCCAGAACCAGAGCAAGACACAACCCAACCCGCAACCACCUCCGCGACAGCCACUGCCCCAGCAUACUCUCCCAUCUACGCCACCGCAGAACCCAGCGACCUCCCACCUCAAACAACCAAUUCCCUGGACACCCAAGUGCCAUUGACACCCGCAGCAGCCACUACCACCAUCACCACCACCGAAGACCCUCCUCCAACUACAUCUACAUCUACAUCCCCACCACCACCCCAACCAGGCGCCCACCCUAUCCCUCCCCCAACAUCCUCCACUGACCACCCAGCUCCAACAUCCACCACCUCAAACCCUUCACCAUCACCACCUGCGCCAAAACCAGCCGACCCUCCUCUUCCACCAACCAUCACACCAGCACCAGCACCAGCACCCGCACCCACAGCAUCCUCCUACACCCCAACACCCCCAUCCAGCCAUACCCACCCCCAAAGCUACAGCUACAGCUACAGCUACGGCAGCUAUCGCCCACCAACCCAACCCAACCCCAACCUCAUCCCCAACUCGACCACAACACCCUACGGCUCCCUCUACCAGCCCCCCACGACAGCUACCACGACGACCACUACGACGGUGACUUCUGCGGGGGCGCAGCUGCCACUGCAUUAUGAGCUGGAUGCGUCGUCGUCGGGGAGGGUGGAUCUGGGUGAUGCGGAGGGUGAGGAUGGAGUGUGGGGGUGGAUGAGGUGGGCGGGACGGAAGUUGGGUGAGGUGGAGGCGGAGGUGUGGAGGAGGAUUAAUGAGGUUCAUGAUCGGUGA